GGGAAGGAGAGCGUCCUCGGUUUGCACAACUUUACUUGCACGAUCCUCAACAUUUGGAUAAUGCGAUUGAUGAAAGAAUGAAUUUCCUUAAUUUAUCUGCACACACGUCUAAUGCCGAACUUCCGCAAAUGAGACGACUAUUAAGAAGGUUUCACGAAUUGCUACAACAGUGUAACAACUACGUGAGGGACUUCAUGACCAUUGCCGACCCUCCGCCAGGAGCGUUGAAUGGAAGGAAGUUGGUCAUAAAUCCCGAUGCCAUGCUCGCGGAGGAACAUGCAAGGCGUUAUAACCGUCCGUCGGGGCUACAGGAGGUCUGCGUUCUCAUGGCGGAUGACCUUCUUCCUCGUGAGCUCGAGAUUCGUUUAUGUGCCCCUCUUCCAGGUGAGCGGCCAACAAUUGUCAUUCCGGAGUGUUCCCGAACGCACGACUGUUUGAGGUGUCCUCAUGGCACGAUGGCCAUUUGGAGGAGAUUGCACAAAGCUGGUUGGGGGUUGCCUGCCGACCUGCUGGAGAGGGUGCAGCGUGCAAUAGAGGAGGAGAACAGUGAAUCUGAUCAUGAUGUGGACAUGCAGGAUAUUGCAGGGUUGGUGGAGGAGAUGCCAGGAUUGGAGGAGACUCCGACGAGGGAGUUUGUGGACAGCCCGGCAGCCACGGGAGCAGGCGGAUCGAGUCCAUCGCAGCAUAAGGCCCGAGUUCGUGGACCGCCGGGACCGGUGAAACAGACGUCAAUCACGAGGUACACGAAGAACCCACGACAGGAGGAGAUCGAUGACUCAGCCUGCGAGUUCUUCGUCGAGAAUGCCAUCUCGUUGAACGUUGCGAAGAGCAGGAGUUUUAAGAAGUUCCAGUUGACAUGUUACGGUCCACAGCCUGCAGCGAGCAAACCGCUUGUGCCCACUGGGUACAAUCCAUUGAGAUGCCGGCUGCUCGAUCGGUUGCGCAGCAAGUUGGAGAAGGAGGAGCGGGCGAUCCGGGAUGACUGGGAGGUGAUAGGGUGCACGUUCAUCACCGAUGGCGCCACCGACAUUUGUGGGCGAUCAUUGAUGAACUACAUCCUCGCAGGACGUUCGAAGCCAGUUUUUGUGAAGUGCGAGGAUGUGAGCAUGGGGGACAAGGAUGCAGUUGCUGUUGUUGCGGGGUGGAAGUGGUUCUUCAGGGAGUUUGGGGUGGAUAAGAUCACAACGAUCUGUACAGACUCGUUCGCGGGGAACAGGAGUGCAGCUAGGAUGUUGCGGGAGGAUCCAGAGUUCAAUCAGUUUUACUGGAUCCCUCGCACAACGCACUGCAUGGACUUGCUCCUGCACGACAUUUGCAGCAAGACAUGGGCGGCCGAAGUCAUCGACAGGGCGAACAAGGUCGUCAACUUCUUCAGGGUUCACAGGUGGCCACGUUCACACCUGAGGACACAGUUGAUUAAGUACCCGGAGUUGAAGGCCACUUGUCUCUUUCGACCAGCAUCGACGAGGUUCGGGACCCAUUACGUGAUGUUGCACAGACUUCAGGUGUGCGAGAAGGUGCUGGUGCGUAUCGUGACUGGGCGCCCAUGGGAGAACAUGGCGUGGCGAGGGGAAAUCAGAGCAAAAACGUACACAGUCGGGGAGUUCAUUCUUGACAAAGCCUUUUGGGCUGAUGUCAAGAAGUUGACCGCCCUGAUGAAGGGCCCGUACGAUGUGUUGAGAGAGGUGGAUAAGGAUUUCCACUGCUUGUCCCGCAUCUACGACUGUCACAUGGUUUCUCGGUUGCAAAGCAUUACUCGCUCUGCCCACCUUAAUGCAGAUGAGCGAGAUGCUGUCGUCCACGAUGUCGCCAACAGGACGGACAUGCUUCUCAGCCCCAUACACUUUUCAGCAGCGUUGAGGUCAUGGCACAGUUCGAAGAGGUUCGAUGACUGCAAGGACCAGUUGUAUGACUUCCAGUUUGGGAAAGGACUCUUUGGCGACUCGGCGGUGUUGGGGAGGGCAGCAAAGGACAAUCCUGUGUUGUGGUGGGAGACGCACGGUCUUGGUCCUCCAGAGAUCAGGGAGUUGGCAGUCAAGGUCCUUUCCAUAUGGACAACAUCCUCUGCGACUGAGAGGAAUUGGAACACCUGGGCACUCCUGCAGACGAAGUCGAGGAACAAGUUGCACCACGAGCGCACUGAGAAGCUGGUCUAUUCACACUGGAGUCUGAGGCUUAAGAGCAGAGGGGAGGAUGGGCCCACCAUUGCAGGAGGGUGGUUGGGGUUGGAGAAGGAUUGGGUGGACGAGGACUUGGAGGGUGACAUGGCGAAUGUCACAUACGCCAUUGAUGACGGUGAGGUCGGUGCAACGGCCGCAGGUUCUGCUGCAAGAAGCACCAACGUUGCUCGUGCUCCAUCUACUACAAGGUCGACAUAUAUGCAGAGGUUGGGGGAUGUCGAGGAGGUUGCAGAGGGGGACGAGGUUGAGGAUGAUGCAGAUGAGGAGGAUGAGAGUGACGAGGAUGAGGACGACGUUCCAGGUGAGGAGUGGGUGGACGAGAGGUCGGAUUCUGACAGAUCGUGGACGAAGAGGGAGAAGAUUCAUCCAUAUGUGUCGGGCACACGCUUUAGUGAUCGAUUGAGAAAGCAACGUGCACAGAGGGGGCAGCAAGAGCAUCAUGUGGAGGACCAUCCGCUGAAGGAGUACCCGCAAGAGGAUCGACAGGAGGAGGAGCAGCCGCAGGAGCAGCAACAAGAUGACAUGUUCAAAUCUUUUACGUUGUUCAAUUGGCAGAGUCUUGACCGGGUUUCUGUGGAAAAGGUAACCGCCGUAGAGGUCAUACUACGUGCGUGUGGCUUUGUCGAUCUGUUCGCGGUUGUCAUGGUGUCGAAUCCGGCUUCGUCCUCGUCGAUUAUCUGUACUUGUUAUAAUUGUGGCCAGGCCGACCAUCUGUCGCGUUUCUGUCCUCUUCCAGACCGUCGGUUGGUCGGCACUUCUGCCUCUAAUAUUAAUAUGAAUACUGCUAUCGUACCAGCUCAGGGGAAUGCGUUCGUGACGUAUCCAACGGCAGGCAGUCAGUAUGGUGGCUACGGGUAUGGGUAUGGCAGUGGUCUGAAACCGAGCGUGGAGACAUUGGAGUUGACGGUUGCAGAGCUGAAGGUGCAUCGGGAUGCUGAGCUGGAACGUGCAAAGAAGAAGAAGGACGAAGAAGACAGAAUUGAGAGGGAAAGGAAAAAGGAGGAGAGGAGACAACAGGAAAAGAAGGAUAGGGAAGAAUUGCAUUCGAAGAUUAAGAACAAUUUGAGGGAGCAACUCAAAGUAGUACGUGAGCUAUUGGAAACGAAGGUGGUCAAAGAGGGUGAAAAAGAUGAAGUAGCAAAGCAAAGACUGAAGAUUGAAAAGUUGCAUAAGGCGCAGAAGAAGUUAGGAACGUUUUCGACACCGGAGAAAGAACUUUAUAGGUUUAAGAGGGAGCAAGAGGAGGAGCGUGCCCGUGCAGACAGAAGGUUCGCAUUAAUGGAGGAAGAGAUUGUGAGGAGGUUUAAGAGGGAGUAAGAUGAGGAGCGUGCCCGUGCAGACAGAAGGUUCGCAUUAAUGGAGGAAGAGAUUGCAAGGCUUAAGAAAG